AUGGCAAGGUGGUGCAUUGUGGUGGUUCUUGCUCUAGUUGUAGGUCACACUACAGCUAGAAAUGUACCUAUGCUAAAUGAUGCCGGUUUCAAAGACCAAAAGAACGUCAUUGGUGGAGUUGGUGGCUUCUCAGGCGUUGGAGACAGUGGGCUUCCAUUUGCUGGAGCUGGGGCUGGAGUUGGUGGCAAUCUUCCUGGUGGGCUUGGUGGCGGCGCUGCAGGGAUAGGUGGUGCUGCUGGCCUUGGAGGACUUGGUGGUGCGAGUGGUGGAAUCGGUGACUUGGGUGGUGGUGGUGGUGGUGGCGGCUUACCCGGUUUUGGUGGUUUAGGCACUGGCGGCUUGGGUGGUCUCGGUGGACUGGGAGGAACAAGUGGCUUGGGUGGUCUUGGUGGUGGAAGUGGUGUUCUUCCUUCCCCUUGA